AUGACAGGAGUGGCCGUACUGGGAGGAGGAGGUUGACGUUCACACGGCCGGUUAGUUCUGCAUUACAUGUUGCAACAGAGUGUGAGGCAGGAAACAGAAAUGACACAUUCAACGUUUCUCUGCAUCACACAGACACCACAGACAGAGAGAGAGGGAGCGAGAGGGAGGACAGAAGAGAGGAGGCGAGCCACAGCGGGAGGACGGGAAAGGGUGAAACUCUCCAAACUGCAAAGAGUCCAACGAGGGAACUAAAGUAAAAGAAGAGAAAUAAGACAGAACGAAAGGAGGUGAAACAAGAACAGAGGAGGACAAACAGGAGAAGAUUACUAAACGAGAAAACCUAAAGACAACGUAGAGGAAAAAGAAAAGAGGUGAAGAGGAGCAAAGCCAGUGCGAGCUGUGAGGAAGAGGAGGAAAGUAGAUAAGUAGUAAAAAAGAAGAAAGUGGACAACAAGAAGAGGAGACGAGAGACUUUAAACAGAAGAGGAAGCAGAAAGUCAGAGAGGAGGGUGAGGGGAGGAGGUGAGGGAAGAGAGGAGGCAAGAGAAGGGAGGAAAGGAGGACACACCGGAGGAGGAGGAGGAGGAGGAAGACAUAGAGAAAGUGGAGCAGAAAGAGGAGAAGAGAAAGAAAGGGUGAGGAAAGGGGGAGGAAAGGAGGAGCACCUGCAGUGUCAUCAUGGAGGAGGACAUCAGGAAACAGGGGAUGCUCUACCUGCAGCAGCAGAGGUUUGGAAAGAAGUGGAAGCGUGUGUGGUGCGUCCUGUACAGAGAAAGUUCCUGUUCGAUUUCCAGACUGGAGUUCUUUGAGUGUAAAGAUGGAGGGAGUGUGGAGAAGAGCGACAAGAGUCUACGCAAACAGCAAGAACACAAGAAGGUGGUCCGUCUGGCGGACUGUAUCCGGGUGACGGAGGUGGAGAUCGACAGCUGUCCCAGAGACACGGGACCCUUCCUGGUCGAGACCACGGAGAAGAUCUACGUAUUCGCUGCAGACAGACAACAUCUGGACGACUGGACACACAAACUGUGUGAGCUCGCCUUCCCUAUGAACUGGGUGGAGCCGAGUGUGAAGAGAGGCAGCCUGCAGAGAGGAAGCAGAGUGGAUGAAGACGAAGGAAUGGAGGACAACUCACUGUACAGCGGCAGAGAGACAGUGCGGGACUACAGAGUGUGUGUUCGGAGGACAGAGGCGGCCGACCGCUGCAGGCUGAAGGGAGACGGCGUCCUGCGAGCAGACGAAGACGCUCUGCACCUGAUCGAUAAGACGGGAGAGAUCGUGUUGACCUGGCCGUACAGAUACCUGAGACGCUUCGGACGGGACAAGUCCACGUUCUCCUUCGAGGCCGGGCGCCGCUGUGACUCCGGCGAGGGGAGUUUUGAGUUCGACACCAAACAGGGGAACUUCCUGUUUCAGGCGGUGGAGGCCGCCAUCAACCUGCAGCGGAUCUCGCUGCCCCACAGGCAGACCUCCGGGGGCGGGCAGGUGAGUCCAGAGACCCCCCAGGACCUGCCCCCCCUGCCCGUCAACCCGCCCCUGAUCCAGAACAGGAUGCCACCGCUACCUCAGCCCCGCAGCCAUAUCCCACAAACCCCUGCUGCUCAGGCUGCUGAUGGGGUCUACAGCAUGGUGACUGAAACUAACCUUCAGAUAAUUCAUCACAAAGACAAAGAGAGCUCCACUUCUUCUCAUCAGCAGCAACAGCAGCAUCGCCCCCCAGUGUCUCGUCUGGAGCCUCCGGUGGACAAAGCGCUGACCGGCGUGAAGAGUCUGACUCUGGACACUCGCGGCGUCCCCGCCCCCCGUAAGAACCAGGUGAAGAUGAUCUCCAGCUGCCCUCUGCCUCACCCCGGCCCCGAGUCCGGCCCCAACCCGGGUCCAAGCUCCACCCCCAACCCCCGCCUCAGCCCCAAACUGAGCUCCAACCCCAAACCGGACCAGACAUACUCCCAGAUCGCCCUGCCGACUGCCGACCGCAGCACCAAGCGGGAGAAGAGAGGUGGCGCCGCCUCCUGCGACCAACCGGAGCCGGAGUACUCGCUCCCCUUCGACACCCUCACCGUCAACGUCAUGUCCAACAUCCGGGACCCGCACAGAGCCGAGUCCGGCGCCGACCCGCUCUACGACAGCAUCGACGAGAUGAAGAUCAGAAACAUCUUCUUGAGCAACGCGGCCGCCAGCGUCGCCGCCGCCACCACCGCCGCCGCAGGGCCCACAUACGGGAAGAUAGAACACAUCUACGACGAACCCGAAGGCUGCGCCGCAAAACCUCCCACCUCGUUGUACGACGACCCCGAGGAGAUGAGGGGCGACGCUUGGAGGAUUAUGGGUACAACCGCUGACCCCAAAGGUCACGAGUACCCGUACAACCCCCGGGUGGACGACUAUGCCGUGCCCAAACGACCCCAGAGGGUACUUCCUGCCACACAAAGCACCAACGAAGAAGAAGAGGAUGAGGAGGAGGAGUCAGAGGAGGAGUCAGAGGAGGGGGAGGAGCAGCAGUAUUCGCCGUACAAAAACGUGAUGGUGAAGAUGGCGUAGAGACAGGAAGUGCACGCACACACAGUGAUCAAUAAUCACUGAUCACAGAGCGGAUCACUGACACUCGUCUCCUUAUCGCUGGCGUUCCAGUGACAUCAUAGUUCAAAGUUCAACCGCCUCGUUUUUAUUUCCUGCUAGCGAACGCUCUGCUCAGCUGCUUCUAGCACUUAUUUUCUAUAUUAUCAGUUAAUCAAUUAAUCUGUGAUCAAUAACUUUCUCUCAGUUUGUUUGUCAGUGAAAUGUUUUAUGAAACUGUAUCUAUACAUUUAUUUAUACGUUUAGAAACUACAAUAAAGUUUAAUUUGGGCAGAAAUGAUGAAUUAUUAUUUUCCUCCAGCAGAGGGCAGCAGAACAUCUUAUUAUUAUUAAUCAGCCAAUCAGGAAAUACAUCAGCUUAUUCUUCUUUAAGUAGUUUAUUUGUUAACUUUCACAAACUAAAUGAAUAUUAAUAUUCAAUAAAUCAAACCUUCAUUCAGUGUUUGUGUACAGAUGCUUGUAAAUCUGAAAUAAAUGCUGAUUUAUUAUGAA